CCCACCAUUCUUCCAAUGUCGGAGUCCCUUGUACUGAAUGAAAUCCUAUCCAGUUGCCGAUAACAGCCGAGUUGUCCUCAUCUUUGUCAACCAUUUAUAAAUCCCUCCAUCAAGUGGGCAUUUCACCAUGAUGCGACAGCAACCUACUUGGACGACCUCGCCCACAAUGACCAGCAUCAGUGACCUCCCCAUGAGUGUCGCCAUCCCAUCGCUCAUCGUGGGGUUUUCUCUUGCGUGGCUUUUCGGCUAUAAAGUGUGGCGCAAUGCCCGACUCUUUCCGGGGCCAAUCGGUCUGCCGUUGCUCGGCAACGUCCAUCAAAUACCCCUCGUGUCUCAGCAUACCACUUUCGCAGAAUGGGAGAAACGCUACGGGUCAAUUAUCUACGUGCGCAUAUUACAGCGACCGGUCCUCUUCCUCAACUCGGUCGAGGCAGCCAACGAUCUUAUGGAUACCAAGGGCGCGAAUUACUCAGACAGGCCGCCCCUGGUAUUCUUGCGCGAGUCGCUCGGUCUGGGGAUCAUCACUCCUCUUCUCCCCUACGGCGCACAAUGGCGGCGGCAUCGAAAGUGGAUGCAAACCGCGCUGUUGGAUAAGCGUGCCUUGGACUCGUAUCGCGAGAUGCAAAUCAAACAGGUCCGCCGCUUGCUCUGGGAACUCAUCCAGAGUCCGGAGGAUUUUGAGACGCAUAUUAAGAGAUACGUUGGCGCCUUCGUGCUGCGCAUAACGUAUGGACGUACAUCUGGAUCCUCACAGGAUGAGGAAUUCAUCAAAAUGGCGGCACAGGCGGUCGCAGAUGCCACAGGGGCAGGAAACCUUGGUGCUGCAUUGAUUGAUUUCAUUCCGAUGUUGAGAUAUCUUCCUGCUUGGAUGCCCGGGGCUGGAUUCCAACGAAAGGCUCUCCGUAUCAAGCACUCUAUACGGAAUGCUAUGGAGAUCCCUUAUAAAUCGGCCAAGGAAGCGGUGGUACCUGGGACUGAAAAGGCAUGCUUUGUUACCUCAGUCUUGCAACAGUUGCGGCAGACUGGAGAGCUGACUGAAGAGGAUGAAAACGAUCUUGUGGCAGCUGCGGGCGGUCUGUUUUUAGCUGGCAUUGAGACGAGUAUAACGGUCCUCCUUGCGUUCGUCCUCGCGAUGGUUCUCCACCCAGAAGUCUGCAAGAAAGCACAAGCAGAGAUUGAUAGUGCCAUUGGUCUGACACGGCUCCCGGAUUUUGGGGACAGGGCCUCGUUGCCAUAUGUCGAACGAAUGUUGCAAGAGCUAUUGCGGUGGAGCUGCCCUGUUACUUUAGGAGUUCCGCAUCAGUCCAUCGCGGAUGACGAGUACCUAGGGCGCCACAUACCUGGAGGCACCAUGAUCGUGCCGAACAUAUGGUCCAUGACGCGCAAUCCCCAUCCAUAUCCAGAUCCGGAAACGUUCCGCCCGGAGCGCUUUGACGAGCUAGACGCGACGACCCUAGAUUUGCAUGAUCCGUCCAAGCUCGUCUUUGGAUUCGGCCGGCGCAUCUGUCCGGGACGCUACUUGGCCGAUUCGACCAUCUGGCUCGUGAUGGUGAGCAUCCUUGCCUGCUUCGACAUCUCCAAAGCCGUGGACGAGGAAGGGAACGAGAUUACCCCCACCGCCUCGUUCGACUCAGCCGCCGUCAGACACACGAAACCAUUCAAGUGCAAGAUCAGCCCACGAUCACAUUUCAACGUCGAGCAUCUUGCGGUGUAGAGGCAAUCACUCAG